UCUGACCAACUCUACACUGGAGGUGGGUUCAUUUCAGUGGCAGGUAACAUGAUUCCAGAAUAUUGUUUGGUAAGGCACUGUGGAAUACCUCAGGAUGAAAGUUAUAAAAUAAAUAGUCACCAAAAGAACUAGAACGCAACACACCAUAAACUCAACCACACUUGUAAACAAGAGUGCAUUACCAGGAUCCUGACAGCUGCCCUGAUUUCUCCUCUGUGACCUUGAGCAAAAGAUGUGUGAAACAAAGAACUCAACAGAGGCUCACCCAAUCCCGCUAGGGAUGGCCCUGGGGAGCAUCUCACUGAUCACAGUCAUUAUGAAUAUUUUGGUCCUAUAUGCAGUGAAAACAGAAAGAAAGCUGCAUACAGAUGGGAACCUGUACAUUGUCAGCCUAUCAGUUGCGGAUCUUAUAGUUGGUGCAGCUGUUAUGCCGCUGAACAUUAUGUACCUACUGAAGCACAGAUGGGUACUGGGCAAACCAGCCUGUCAGUUCUGGCUCUCAAUGGAUUAUGUAGCCUCCACAGCCUCCAUCUUCAACCUUUUUAUAUUGUGCCUAGAUCGUUACCGUUCAGUUCAGCAGCCACUCAAGUAUCUCAAGUACCGGACCAAAAGUAGAGCUUUGGUGAUGAUUUCUGGAGCUUGGCUGAUUUCUUUUCUGUGGAUCAUACCGAUUCUAGGCUGGCGUACUUUUACCAAUGGUAGGGAACGGCAAGUGGAAGAAGGGACCUGUGAAACAGAGUUCUCCACAGUCACCUGGUUUAAAGUGUUGACGGCCAUUGUCAACUUCUAUGUCCCAUCUUUCCUGAUGUUAUGGUUCUAUGCAAAAAUAUACAAGGCUGUCCGGAAACACUGUCAGCACCGAGAGCUAAUCAAUGGAUCGUUUCAGUCUUUCUCAGAAAGCAAAAGUAUACAUCGUGAUAAGGUGCAGAAAAAGCAAACCAUUUGCCACCAAAAGCCAAAUAAAGAUAUAAACACGGGUCUUUCAAAAGGAAGCUCUGUAGACCCUUGCUGCAAUGUAAUUCUCUACUUCCCUCAGUCCAAAAGUAUGGGGGCAAAGCUUGAACUCAGCAGCUUUGACAAACCCCCAAAGGCUCUCAUUACAGAAGGUGACAGCAAGGUAGUAAAACUGCGCUGUUUUCCCCUUGCGAUUGCCAAGACUCAGCUAGGACCAGAUAAAGUGGGAAUGAAGUAUGUGCCUGUCAAGAAGAGGUCUUGCUCACAGGCUCCAGAGUUAAGUGACACAUCAGAUGAACACACUUUCAUUGAGGGGGCCCCCUGUAAAAAUGACUCCGAUCUCACCCUGAUCCCAGCAGCUUCUAGUGCUAAGGCAAAAGCUAACAAAGACUCUGCAGGCCUCAGUUACCUGAAGAGCACCUGGUGGAGACUGCGCACCCAGUCUAUGCAAGGAGUGCAUGUGAACAGGGAGAGGAAAGCAGCCAAGCAGCUGGGUUUCAUAAUGGCAGACUUUAUGGUGUGCUGGAUUCCCUAUUUUGUGCUGUUUAUGGUAAUAGCCUGUUGUCAAAGCUGUUGCAACUACAGUUUCCAUAUGUUCACUAUUUGGCUUGGUUAUGUGAACUCCACUUUAAAUCCAUUCAUCUAUCCCCUCUGUAAUGAGAACUUCAAGAAGACGUUCAAAAAGAUCUUUCAUAUUCACUCAUAAUACCUCAUCAGGCUGUUUUUAUUUGGGGUGAAAAAAAAGUGAAUCCAUGAUUUUUCAAAGAAAGAAAACUUUCCAGUUUCAAAGGAAAUUAUGAAUGAGGUAGAAGGCUUUAAAAAUGUAAUCCAUAGAACUAUCAUGUGAAAACAGGAAACACGUAUUUACAUGACAAAUAAGAGGUUUAAAGUUCAAAGUAUUUAAAGGGGAACUGGCUUUGACAAGGAUUCCUGAAAACUCAGGACUCAGUCUCAGGACUGCUAUGCUAAUGUACAUAUUUUACAACUUUUAAGACUUCUUUUUUCCAUUAUGUAGAACAAACUGUAGAGAUGGACAGAAAUCUUCAGUGGUUAUGAGCUAAUUAGAUACGGAAAGGAAAAAGACUUCAGUUUAUAUGUUCACUCUAAUGUUCAUGUUGUCUUCUGUAACUUACUUUUUUUAAAAGUUAACCUGGAGACAUGCUGCUUGUUAAAGGCACAGAUCUCCUACAGGAUAUGGUAUUUCAUGCAGUCAACGUAUGACCCUUGAACUGUUUGAAAAUGUACCCUAUUUAUUUCUAAAUUCCCCCAGAAUCAUGCACUUUUAGAGAUACCGAGUUGCAUUGUCAUUUACUAUAGAAACCUUUGAUAUUGUGUUUGUGUUGAUUUCCAACAGCAUUGUUCAUUUUAUUGGAAAAGAUAUCAAUAUUUUUUCUAUAUGCUAAAUAUUUUACCAUAUUGAUAGACUUCUCAAACCCACUAUACUAUAGUUACCUUUGCUAUAAGAGAAUACAAUUGUUUCUAAACUUGUACUGUAAAGUAGAGGGAGGAUAAUCUACUUUGUCCUCCUUCCUACAACUAGGACAUAGCCCUAGAAAGUUCCCCUAAAGCUGGUGCAAAUAUGCUGCUUCACACAAAGCUGCAUACAGCAACUGAUCUUUACAAGGAAAGUGAAUAAUUAGAGUACAUUUUCCUUUCCCAUCAUUUAAAUUUAAUUGCAUCUUACAAGCCACAUUGUAAUGGCUAUUACACAUUUCCUGAACUAAGCUAUGAAUGGAACACUUGUGCCAGGAAAAAAAGUAGCUUGAUUUAGAAGGACUGGACAGCCUUGCAGUCAGAGGUGACACUAACAAGCUGACACUUGCCUAUGCAUUGGCUGACUCCUUUGCCCCCUAUAGCUACAGUGUACCAAUAAUCCCCAGAAACAGACAUGCCCUUCCACACAAUAGGAAUGAACUCUGCCCCAGUGAGUUCAUUUAGAUAUAGAUUUCUAAAUAUGUAUUAAUUAAAGAUCAGGGGAAGACAAUAAAAUAUAGUUCCUUAGAGCAGUGGUUUGCAACCUGUGGUCCGUGGAGGUCUGCAGACUGUGUCUACAC